CGGCGCCGGCUCCCGUGCCUCACGCUGCUCAGGCGCUCGGGGAGGCUGUCUUAAGUUUUUGAUUCUCGCUUGCUCCGCUGGGAGAGGGUCCCGGACAGGAACCGGGAUUGUUGCCUCCUGGGCGCCGCCAUGCAGGUCUCCAGCCUCAACGAGGUGAAGAUUUACAGUCUCAGCUGCGGCAAGUCCCUUCCCGAGUGGCUUUCUGACAGGAAGAAGAGGGCACUUCAGAAGAAAGAUGUCGAUGUCCGUAGGAGAAUUGAACUUAUUCAGGAUUUCGAAAUGCCUACUGUUUGUACCACUAUUAGGGUAUCAAAAGAUGGGCAGUAUAUUUUAGCAACAGGAACAUAUAAACCUCGAGUUCGAUGUUAUGACACCUAUCAAUUAUCCUUGAAGUUUGAAAGGUGUUUGGAUUCAGAAGUUGUCACCUUUGAAACUUUGUCUGAUGACUAUUCAAAGAUUGUCUUCCUGCAUAAUGAUAGAUACAUCGAAUUUCAUUCACAAUCAGGUUUCUACUACAAAACCAGAAUACCAAAGUUUGGGCGAGAUUUCUCUUACCAUUAUCCAUCCUGUGACUUGUACUUUGUUGGUGCAAGCUCUGAAGUUUAUAGAUUAAACCUGGAACAAGGACGGUACCUGAAUCCUCUGCAGACGGAUGCUGCGGAGAAUAAUGUUUGUGACAUAAAUUCAGUGCAUGGCUUAUUUGCCACAGGAACAAUAGAGGGCCGAGUAGAGUGUUGGGACCCGAGGACGCGGGGCCGAGUUGGUGUGUUAGACUGCGCAUUGAGUAGUGUCACGGCUGAGUCAGAAAUCAACAGUUUGCCAACGAUCUCUGCUUUGAAAUUUAAUGGUGCCUUGACCAUGGCCGUUGGAACAUCCACAGGGCAGGUUUUAUUGUAUGAUCUUCGAUCUGAUAAGCCAUUGCUAGUUAAAGAUCACCAAUAUGGGCUGCCCAUUAAAUCAGUUCAUUUCCAGGAUUCCUUAGAUUUGAUUUUGUCUGCUGACUCUCGAAUUAUCAAAAUGUGGAAUAAGAACUCAGGAAAAAUAUUUACUUCCUUGGAGCCAGAACAUGACCUUAAUGAUGUGUGCCUCUACCCCAACUCAGGAAUGCUUCUUACCGCCAAUGAAGCCCCCAAGAUGGGCAUCUAUUACAUUCCGGUUUUGGGUCCUGCUCCCAGGUGGUGUUCCUUCUUGGACAACUUGACAGAAGAAUUAGAAGAGAACCCAGAAAGCACAGUUUAUGAUGAUUACAAAUUUGUCACCAAGAAAGACCUUGAAAAUUUAGGGCUAACACAUCUCAUUGGAUCACCUUUUCUUCGGGCAUAUAUGCAUGGAUUUUUCAUGGAUAUAAGGCUCUACCACAAGGUGAAAUUGAUGGUAAAUCCAUUUGCUUAUGAAGAAUAUAGGAAAGAUAAGAUCCGGCAGAAGAUAGAAGAAACACGAGCACAAAGAGUGCAAUUAAAGAAAUUGCCAAAAGUUAACAAAGAGCUGGCACUUAAAUUAAUUGAGGAAGAGGAGGAGAAGCAAAAAUCUACCUGGAAAAAGAAAGUUAAGAGCCUUCCUAAUAUUCUCACCGAUGAUCGAUUUAAAGUUAUGUUUGAGAACCCUGACUUCCAAGUAGACGAAGAGAGUGAAGAAUUUAGACUUCUGAACCCACUCGUUUCCAAAAUUAGUGAAAAAAGGAAGAAGAAACUGAGACUCCUAGAGCAACAGGAACUUCAUGGAAAAGAAGAGGAGGAAGAACCGGAAGGAAAACCAAGUGAUGCAGAAAGUUCUGAGAGUUCAGAUGAUGAAAAAGACUGGGUCGCAGAGGUCAGGAAACAGCGCCGGCUUCUCCAACAGGAGGAAAAAGUGAAGAGGCAGGAACAGCUCCGGGAGGAUCAGCAGACGGUCCUCAAGCCGCAGUUCUAUGAGAUCAAAGCUGGCGAGGAGUUCAGAAGCUUCCAAGAUUCAGCCACAAAACAGAAGAUGAUCAAGUGAGUAAUGCUGCCCCCG